CAGCAGCAACAAUGCGCUUGAAGACAGCACGUCGUUUCUUGGCGAGCUCUUCCCCAAGCGGCGACCGACGACGACAUCGGCGGUAGCGCGCAACACGAGCAUCGAUAGCGUCAAGCUCGUGAGCUGGUUGCUGCCCAACGAACACCAAAAGAAAGAAAGUCUCGCAGUCGCCGCCGCCCGCGCGGUCGAGAGCGCCGAAGCCGCCCGCUCCGAGUGUCGACACGCGUAUGCUGGUUUUGAGGAUGCACGCAUUGCCUUGUACCGGUCCACGCAGUCGAUCCUCAACGACUACCAGACCAUUUCGGAGCACCGUAGUACGCAGCUCACGACGAGUCUGCGCAAGCACAUCGUCUUCGAGUCGGCGACCCUUGCCAACCUACAAUACGACUGGCAAAUGGUGGCCAAGCCCAUGGAAGCGGUCGACGUCGACGCCGACAUCCGUGCGUUCAUCUUGCACAACUACCGCCCAAUCGUGCCGCACAUGACGAUCUCGGACCUCUGCACGACCGAGUCGCCGCUGCCGCACCCACCGCGCACCAAAGCGUUUGGCCUUCACGACGUGACCCUGCGCCGGUAUCCCCUCGACACGAGCGGCAACCGGCAGUCCGUCUAUGGCUGGCUCGUCACACGCGACCAGAGCAUAUACGAAAAGGACGCUAGGCCCGCGGCCGUGCCCGUCGUACCGUCGCAUGCCGUCGCCAAGGCGGUGCAAGCGGCGCUGGCAUGCGUCAUCUCCACCGUCGCCAAGCCCGAAGACACGGCGUUGCCCGACGACAAGCGAGACGACGACGACCGGGACUCGUCCGAGAGCACGCACAGCACCGAGUGCUAA